AUGAAGGGAAAAGCCAGCCUCAUUGCUCCUUUGGCCACAGACCACUGGCAGCUGUUGCUGUAUAACCAGCAACCUCUUCUUUUAUCCUUACUCCCUUCUUUUACAGCAGGAAAGCGUUUCGCUCCUCCACCUGACUUCCUUCCUUAUAGUGGAGGUGAGCCGUUGCCAGCUCAGAUGAACUGGAAUAUUCCUGCUAUUUCAGAAGAUGAAGCCAGAGAAGCUUUUAUCCAAUAUGCUACAAGCAAGUGCUGCUACAGCAAAGUUCCAGCCAGAGAGAUGGUGUUCCAGGAUCUCCUAACACUGAACACUUACAGAUAUUACUUGGAGACUUUCACUGAAUCAAGGUCUUCAUCUUGGAAAACAAAACCAUAUAGGGGAGAACCUAUAGAUUCUGCUGCGUAUGGUGCAGCUCCUGCUCCCUGGGACAUGAGAGUAGAGGUUCCUGAAAUAUUCAAAGACAAGAUCACAAGAGUUAAAGUGCCUCACACAUCAUCAGUAAAGGGAUGUCCAAUAUGUGGCUGUUCUGGCAGACGUCCCUGCAACCAGUGCCACUGCCUUACAAGGAAGCAGUGUUGGGUAUGUAAUGGAACAGGAUCCCAGUUCAGCAGUCAGAGGUGUUCUACUUGUUCUGGAACUGGAACAACCAUGUGCAAUGCCUGUUCUGGCCUGGGGACAAUUGCAUGUUCAGACUGUGGAGGAACAGGACAGUUGCUGACAUACAUUGAGCUGCUAGUUGAAUGGCAAAAUAACAUUUUUGAAUAUGUGGUGGAUGAAAGAACUGGGUUUCCUACUGAACUCUUCAAAGCAGUUAAAGGGAAGAAGCUGUUUGUUGAUGAGCAAUAUAUGGUUUAUCCGGUGAUAAGCUUCCCUAACAGUGCCAUCAAUCAAGCUUCCCGAAAUGCUAUUGAACAACAUCAAGCUCAGUUUGGAUCAAGUACACGGAUACUGAGACAGAAGCAAACAAUUGAGCUGGUAUUUCUUACCAAAGUGGAAUAUGAAUGGCAUGGAAAAUCCUAUUCCUAUUAUGUUUAUGGGAAUGAACACAAGGUGUAUGCAGAGAAUUACCCUAAAAAGUGUUUUUGUACUAUUGUAUGAUAUAUGGGCCUUCCUACCAUAGACAGAGAAACCCUGAUCAUUCCAGCAUUAUGUCUACUCUUCUGCUUUUUCCUCACUUCUUUCUUUUUUAAUUCACAUAUCUCAGAUUAAUUAUAAACAGCUGUUAGCUUUAAAAGAAGACAUAGAGGAUUAUCUCUAGGACUGAAACACUUUGCAUACUUUUUGUACAACUGAUAGUUCAUUGUUCCUCUUGAACGUUAAAAAUGCUUGUGCUGGUAUAUUAUUUAUAACAAGUGUUAAAAGUUUCGGUCAAGGAUGCCAGAGACUCCAUUCCAUACCCA